AUGCUGGGAACGACAUUCCGAGUUUGCGACGUCAGGCGGGGCUGCAGCAGACGAACACUCGUCUGGCCUCAUAGAGACACUCGAGCGGCUUGCACCGUCCUUGACACUCGUGCUACUGAUCGACUAGGGCUGCCACCUUCGUGCCUCAUCUAUGCCUCUCCGCCAACGAAGGACUUGGGCAGGAUAGCACUCGACCAUUGGGUUCGCGAACGGCAAGAGGAGGAGGAUGCAGGCUUGCGCAAGACAUCUGCAUCACUUCUCGCUCGUACUCGCGAGACUGGGUCGACCACUCCCGUCACUCCCGUAGAGAGGGCAACGACACCCACGUCGCCUAGCGCGAUGUCUGUGUCGGGCAGUCAGUCAGGUGAUGAGGACCUGCGGCAUAUGCGCCGGCAAGGCUGGCAAGUUUCGAUGCGUGAAGUCAGGGAAGCCUUUGAUCGCAUAAGGACGAUUCGCUGGUCAUCGCCUCUGCAUCUUGAAGGUCGCAAUGCGCCUCUCACUCUGCUAGCCCAACCGUCAGGCACUCACCUGGGAGGGACACUAUUCUUUGUACGGUCUCCUACAAUGCCUCCGAUAUUGUAUGCACCCGUCUUCAAUCACAUCAAAGAGAAGCAUCUCGACUCUGCUGCAUCUAUCGUGCUCGGAGGAGCAGAGACCAAAGGUCUGGGCACACUCAUCACUUCUGUCGAGAAAGCACAAAGCAAAGGUCAGAAGACCGUCGCGCGCAACAGUGCCAUGCUGCAGACAAUCACGAGCACACUGCAGGCUGGCCGAUCAGUCCUGAUGCCCGUCGAUGCUGCCGGUCGCAUUGCCGAGCUCCUCGUGCUGCUCGAUCAGCACUGGACAUUCUCACACCUGGGUGACUUCCCACUAUGUCUGGUCAGCCCGACUGGCCCGCCUCUGCAGAUGACGCUGCGCAAUCUCCACGAGUUCUUUGGAAGCAAUCUUGGCAAGGAGGGCAUCGGACGAUUAGCCAAUCUCAAGAUAUUCCCUUCCCUCGACUCGCUCUACGCCGUCAUACCGCCUCAUGUGCCCAAGGUCGUGCUUGCUGCCCCCCUGCCUCUGUCCUACGGAUCGUCCCGCAAAGUCUUUACAGAGAUGGCUGCUCAAGCAGGCAACCUGCUCUUGCUCACUUCACCUGGUCCUGCUGGCAGUCUCUCGCGAUCAUUGUUCGACAAAUGGAACGAGGCUCAGACGCCGGCACAGAGAAUGGGCACAGGCGAGAUCGGACAGACGAUCACGCUCAAUGAAGCCGUCAGCCUACCGAUGCGCUCAAAGGUCAUAUUGCAGGGAGAGGAAUUGCAAGAAUUCUUAGACAAUCAGCGAGCCGCAAAGGAACGGCAUGCAAAGCAAAAGGCCAUGCUCGAGCGGUCUCAGAGGAUGGCGGAAGCAGAUGCAGACGCUUCAGAUUCGGAAGACGGAGAUUCGAGCGACGAAGACGAGCUGGAGGCUCCCAAUGCUGGAGAGAUCUUGCCACAACAAGGCGACAACGUCGAUGUCAUGGCGGAGCCCGGUGCGAGGAGAGACGGAGAGCCUGGUUCGAUGCGCGGUACUGGCGUAUGGGACGAGUUCCUCGACGAGGAUGCGCCACCCGGCACGCUCGAUGUCUACGUUCGCGGUCGCUCUAUCGCUGCCUUUCUCAAUGGCAUGCCCGACACGACAUCGUCCCGCUUACGGAUGUACCCCUUCACGGAGCGCAGGCGCAAGGUCGAUGCCUACGGUGAAGUCAUCGACGUUCAGGGCUGGCUCAGAAGAGGCAGAAAUGACGAAGAGGAGCAAGAAGAGAAUGCAAUGAACAAUGCCUUGCUUGGCAAACGCAAACGACAACAAGAUGAACAAGUCGAGCCGCCACACAAGUUCUUGAUCGAGGAAAGACAAGUGAUGCUGCGAUGCCAGCUCUUUGCCGUCGACCUCGAAGGGCGUGCCGAUGGACGAGCACUCAAAGAUAUCAUCCCCCGCCUAGCCCCAAAAAGAUUGAUUCUCGUCAAUGGUAGUUCGGCGGCCGCACAAGAUAUCGCCAGAGCAUGCCAUGACUUUGUGCCCGUGAUCGAAGCGCCAGCGCUCGGCGAGCGAGUCAUUGCGGGCAUUGAGAUCCAGAGCUUUGCCAUCAGAUUAGGCGACGAACUGCUGUCGAGUCUCAAGCUUAGCAAAGUGGAAGAGUAUGAAAUGGCGCGGAUCAGCGGCAUCUUGCGCUUUGUCGAUGGAGAAGACAUCCCCACACUGGAGCCCUCGCUUGCUCAAGCAGCAAUCAGCGAAGACUUGUUGGUUGACGGAGCAGACACGGAAAUGACGAAGAAAGGCUCGUUGGCGCCGCUCAAGCCAUCUAUGUUCAUUGGCGAUGUCAAGCUAGCUGCAUUGCGACAGCGAUUGCUAAGCGCAAAGAUACAGGCUAGCUUCGCAGGGGCGGGCGUGCUCGUCUGUGGCCCAGUACAGAGUGCGGCAGACACGGCAGCAGCUGCAGCGGCUAAGGCACAGUCGAAACAGAUGACCGCGACGGAUCCCAGGCUCGCGAGACUGACAAAGGCCAACAAGAACGAGCCCACGCCUGAUCUGUCAGAGCCGGUCAUGGACACUUCUGGCGGUCGCGUGGCGGUGCGCAAGCGUCAAGGACAUCUUGUGAUCGAAGGAGCCGCAGGCGAUACGCUUUACGCAGUUCGCGACGUCAUCUACGCUUUGCACGGCGCAGCGUAA